CCUGAAGGCUGGACUCUUGCAAUUAGAGAAGAAUCCACAGUGCGUGUACUCACGCCGACGUGGCAGUUCGCCGCGAUCAACACUUGCCUAUGGUUCGGGGGGGGGGGGGGGGAUGUCCUCACCCACUUCUCGCCUUUCUCCUACAUUCAGUGGAAGCUCUUUUUCGACCAGAGCGGCGACAGGUCAGGGGCAGCAGAACCAGCAGCAGCAGCAGCAGCGCGUGCAAGUAGGGCAGGCUUCUGCACCGACGACGGAGAAUAACCUGUCGCCACGUGGCAGCCUCAGCAGAGGCAACAGCAGCUCAGCGGAGUCCAAAGGAGGAGGAGGGGGAGGGGGAGGGGGAGGGGGAGGAGUAUCCAGAGCUGCUGUGAAUGUGCUUCAACAGGGGAUGGCGUGUGUGACACUUGAUCGACCAAGGGCGACGUUGGGUGAGGGAGGAGGUGGGAGAGUGCGGCAGGGUGGGAUGGGAUCUGGAUCUGGGGUAGUAAGCAGCAGCUCAGGGCUAACCGUGAGCUCUGGGAUAGCAACAGGCGUUGGAGCAGGUAGGGGAGGAGGAGGAGGAGGAGGAGGAGGAACAGCAGCUGCAGCACCUGGAGGGGGAGGAGAAGGGGGAUGGGGAGGAGCAGCAGGAGGAGGAGGAGGAGGAGGAGGAGGAGGCGUUUUUUCCAAUGGAGAGCAGCAUCAGCAUUUCCAUCAACUGCAGCUUGGUCAACGGUCGGGAUCGAGCUCGGGCGCAGGUCAGGGUUCGUCUGCCACGGAGCCAUUCCCACCGCAAGGUCCGCGUCCCGACUCUGGGGGUAGGGCGGGAAGAGUGGGAGGAGGCCAGACUCAGACUCAGACUCAAGUGAUCCCGGCACAGAGGUAUCCUGGUCCGCCACGUGGGACUUCAUCCCAACUGAAGUUGGCAGACCACGUGGCUCCUCCUCCUUUGUUAAUCCCUGGUGGACAUCAAGCAGGGCUAGGAGGAGGAGGAGGAGGAGGAGGAGGAGGGUACCGAAGUCCACGCUCUGGGUUUCCAGCUGCCGGAGGAUCAGGGAUACCUCCAGCUUCUCAGCCUUUUCUUCCUCCUCCUGUGGAUUCGCCUUAUCCUCCUGGCGCCGGGGUUAUGGGUAUUACCAACACUAGUAAAGGGGUGGGGUUGAGUGUUGUGAGAGCGAGUGGUGGUUCAAGUGGAGGAGGAGGAGGUGGUUGGUCGAUGAGCAACCCACAGCCGAGCAAUCCGGCGAUGACAGACAGCGUCUCACCGUCCGGCUUUACGGCCACCACACGUUCUCGCGGACCGGCUUCUCCCGUUUGGAAUCAGCGAUGGCUGACCAUCCCCUCAGAACACAACAGAGAGAGUGUCACUGCUCUCUUGUACGCCCCCUGUUUUGAUGAUCUUGUCUGUGGAGGAGACGACGGCUAUGGCGGCUGUGGAGGAGAAGACGGCUAUGGCGGCUGGCUGGUAAGCUCUUCGAACAAGUUGUUGAACCUGUGGCAGUGCAGCUCCUCUUCUUCUCCUGCAUCUUUCCCCUCCCCCUCCGUCGGCUCGGCCUCUCAUCAAGCCGGGGUUGGGGGGGGAUUGUCGACCAAACCCUGUCUUGAACUGAUGCAUUCUCAAGCGACCGAUUUCCUCAUGGAUAGCAUGGACUCCGAUCCAACGGCUAAGCUCAUCUUGUCCUGUUCGACCCAUCAGGGAGACGGCGGACUGUGCGUCUGCCUGCACUCCACUGCGGGGGAUACCUUCUUCGGCAGCCGAGGGUUUAUUCGAAUAGUAGACAGGGGGGCUGGGAACGCGAAGAGGGAGGGCAGCAUGAGACGUGGCAGUCCUAGGUUCCUCCACGUGUCGUCUUUACGGCCAUUAGGCGUUUUGCUGAGGGAGUCGUUGGCAGCGACGACUGGUGGUGAUGUGCUGGUGUAUGAGCUGUCUGCUGCCUCCGUGAGCCAGAAGGCAGUCCAGCAACCCAAAGCAUUCUGGAGGGCGCACGACUUCCCCAUCUCCUCUCUCCAUAGGAGCUCCUUCUCUUGUGUCAUGAUUACGGGGGCAACUGAUGGGUGUAUAAGACUGUGGGACGUGCGGUCGAAGCCAUCGGCCCCUGUGCGACAAUACACGCACAGGAGGUGUGUGACGGGACUCUGCAUGCUAGAUGCACAGACCCUGGUCAGUUGCAGCGCCGACUCUUCUGUCAAUCUUUGGGACCUGCGGGGGGCAGCUUCGGGGGGUCCCACGCCGGGCCCAGGAGGUCCACGCCCUGUCUUCUCCACGGCCGUCGAUGGCACUCCUGUUGUUGCCAUGGCACUCAACGCUCUCAAAGAUACGCUGGCAGUAUCUACUGCCCAAGGGGUCUAUUGUCUGGAUCUGGGACAAGGACGAGGAGGACCGGCGGGAGGAGGAGGAGGAGGAGGGGGGGGUGACGUCAACAACAAUAGUGGAAUGGUGUCUCGUCUCUGGCCAUGUCCUUCAGGGGGCCCUUUUGCGAGUCUGACUUGGAACGAGAGGACAGGGGACAUCUACUUGGCAGCGGCGGACGGGUCCAUCUGCGUGUACGGGAAGUCGAUGCCGCCGCGCAUCUGAGCGACUGUUCACGCCAUCAUCUAUCUAUCUAUCUAUCUAUCUAUCUAUCUAUAGAUAUAUAUAGAUGUAGAUAUAGGACUUGUAAAAUCAGUUUGAUGAGUGGGAAACAAACAGCCGUCGCUGGUCAGGGCAUCAUCUGCUUUUUUCGUUGACUUCAACGCUCGUGGUGCCCGGUCAGGGAUGUUAGGUCGAACUUACACCGCUGUCCCGACUGACUGAUAUCGGACGGUGUCAAACAGGCGAUGAUGAUGAGCGGGCUGGACGGAACGGCCGAUAUGUGAUUACUUCUUGGAUCGGACGGCCUAGAUUUGUUCACAUCUGGAUCGAACGGCGGAGAUUUGUGUAGAUGUGGAUCGAACGGCCGAGAUUUGUUUACAGGUGGAUCGAACAAGAGAGAUGGAUUUGUUUACAUUAUAUGGAUGGAACGGUCAUCUUGAUCGAAUGGCCGAGAGUUGCUUACAGAGCUGGAUCUAGAUCUAACGGCUUUGGGACUGGUUUACAUCUGGAUUGAACGGCCGAGAUUUGUUCACAGCUAGAUCAGACGACCGAGAUAAAUUUGUUUAUGUAUGGAUCGAACGGCCAUCUGGAUCCAGCGGCCAUCUAAAUCAAAUGGCCGAGAUUUG